AUGGUUAGGGCCGUGGGAGUGAGAGGAUCAGGAAGCAGAGGAGGAGAAGGCGGCGAAGACAGAAUCUCCCAACUUCCUGAAGAAAUCAUUCACUCCAUCCUCAAUCGCCUGAAAUCUCCAGAGGAAGCUGCCGGAACCAGCGUGCUGUCGAGAAGAUGGCUCCAACUCUGGCGACGCUACCCUUUCUUCGAGUUCAAGCACUCAAAAUAA